GCAAUGUGCGCAGACUAUAAAAAUCAAUCAUUUGCCCGAGUUGCUGAGCAACGGCGUUAUCGGCUUUUGGGAAUGCAGAAAGCGAAAGUUGCGUCAUCUCCGGGUCUGGCUGGCUUUCCUCUUGCAAAUCACGUAUGGGGCCUCAGAUAAAGUCUCAUAACCUCAAACUGCUGGCAUCCUUCCUGUAAAUUGAACACGCCCACGAUAAGGCCAUCAGUCACCCAGAAUGUCAGACCUCCCCACGCAUUUCCGCGUCGCCCAAGUGGUUGGCACCUUGGGUGCCUCUUGGAUCUCAGGCAACAUGGGUGCGCUAUCGCUCAUCUCCGUGCCCGCUCUGAUGCGCUGGCAAUCAGAAGAACAAGUCGACUCAGUCGAUGUUGCCCGGUACUUCAAGCGGUUCCUCGCAAAGGGCGGCAUCAAUCCUGCUCUGAUUGCGCUCGUCUCUUGCACGAACGGCUACUUGGCCUGGUCGUACCGUCCUGGUGGUUGGUGCCAGCUAACUUUUCCUCACGUCGACAUGAUGCCUUAUCUCGCGGGUGCUGCAUUGACACUAUCCAUUAUUCCAUUCACGAUUGUCACGAUUAUUCCCAUCAACAAGGCCAUGGCGGAGAAAGCCGAGGAGCCCCGGAAGGGAGGUAAUGGGAAACCUGCUGCAGACGAUACACAGGAGUUGUUGGGAAGAUGGGUCGUUCGCAACGGGGCAAGAAGCUUGUUUGCGCUAGUAGCUGCUGGUCUUACUCUAACCGCGGCGCUCUGAAUAUGGGGUUUGUGCAUUGGCUGUGUUUUGUAUUCAUUGUGUUGCCAAUAUAUAAUGAAGCUAAGCUGAUACAUCAUAAAGAAGAUGAUUUAUGAAUUCCCAUGGUAGUGUAA